AUGAGCAACGCUAGUGAAUCAUCUUCUGAUGAAUUUGAAAAUGAAUGGGAAGGCAGCAAUGGGAGUGAAGAAGAAGAGUCAAGCACCGAGGAAAAGACAAUAGCAAUUGUGGAAAAGGUUUCAGCAAGGCUCAAUGGGUUGAAAGAGGCUAGUGCUUCAGUCAAGCUCCGGGACAAAACAAAAGAAAACCUUCACAUGCUGCACAAAUAUCUCGAUUCAAGGUCGAAAAUUGAUGAUCGAAUCCACCAAGUGGACGAGUUUCAGAGGAUUGCCACCUUCCCUUUGGUUACUGAUUCAGGUGGAAUUGAGACCAAAAGCGACGAUCCGCUUGAAUUCAAGUCAGACUUCCAACAACAGUUGGCUGAAGGCAAGCCAGUCAUAACUUUGGAUGAGCGCCACAUUGUCGCGAGAAUAGCCAAACCAAUUUACAGGCAAACCCUCGAGAACAUCGUUGACCAAGUUUACAGCUUUUGUGGAUGCAACAAAGACGACAUCCAAAUACUGGGUGUCCCUCUCAAAGGCUCGGAACGUGCUCAAGAAAAGGCCGAUGAUGAUUAUAGCAAACGAAAGCCCGGUCCCGGAGUCUCGUGGUUGUACGACAUUGUCCGUGCAAGUAUUAUCUUUUCUACAACAGAGCAGAUCGCAAGAUGUCUGGAAGCAAUCCGGGACGAUCCAUCAAUACGAGUGGUGAAAGCCAAGAAUCGAUUUGAAAAGCCAACUCUUACAGGGUAUAGGGACUUCAAUCUGUGCAUUCAAAUCGAUAUUCCUGGCUAUAGAUUCAGGCAUAUUUGCGAGCUUCAAAUCCACCAUAAAGCUAUCCAAGUUUUACAGACAGAACUCAAAACAACAACAUCGCAGUAG